GGUUAGCGCAAGAGAAGCCUGCAACGUUUUCAUCCACCACUAGAUAGAGCGAAGCAACAUCAGGUACACGUAAUUGAGUUAUCCAAACGUGCACGUGAUAAAUCUUCCGGUUUGGUAUGACCUAACGUUUUCGGUAUUGAGUGGUAACCGGAAGUUUCAUUAUGUCAAGCUUUCAAUAGUCACAGCCAUCGUCGUUUGCAGACAGUGCUGCCUAGCGCCAUGUCUCAAUCUUGCGCCGACGCUAGAAUCUACGUAUCUGAAUAUCAGUUUAUUCGUGAAAACACAACACGUUCAAGCAAGAAACCAGAAGAUCUGGGCGAUCUCUACGGUUUCUGGACACAUGGCGGCAACGUCUUGGUUCAGUUAGCGAUUGCGCCAAGUGGACCUGUUGUCAACAAGUUGGAAAAGAUUUGCAAAGACCACCGUUUGCAGAUAGUUGGUAAAUGGGGAACGAAAGAACCGAAACUGGUCCCUCGACGGAGUGGGUUGGACCCAUCUCUUGGUUUUGUUUACAUUCACCGUUCUCCUCAUAAUGACAAACUUGUUUGCUACUCUAUUCCAGCUUUUACAGAGAGACCCUCUGCUGAAAUCACAGAGUUGACGCCCCUACUCACCGCAAGUCCUUUUCGAGCUCUAGAAGAUGCCAAGAAAACAGAGAAGCUUAAAGAAUCUGGCUUGCAAUAUCUAAAGAAGAAUCCGCAACCUGACUUGAAGGGGCAUUGGAGCAGCAAGGAACGCUACCCUGAAUUCCUCAAAAAUCUCCGAGCCUGUUUCAAGGACGCAGGAAUGGAAGUGAAGCAGUUUCAGCAGCCUGGAUCAGACUACAUUGCAUUCCAAGUUCAAUCUGGGGAAGCGAAGUUUGCUGUCGGUUUUCCGCCUGAUUUUAACAAGAAGAGUAAAGUGGACUUCUACCGUGACCAACAAGCUCCAUUUGAAGCAAUCAUACCAUUAGAUGCAAAGAAAGCCUUCCAUAUACUUCUUACUUGUGUGUCCGAUCCUGAGAAAGUUUCUCAGAAAUGAUUGAUGCUGUGAAAGGUAGUAACCCUUACUGGUGACUGGAAAUACCAGGAAUAUAAAGUGAUAGACAUACAACUUUGCUGUUUCUACUAGUUAGGGUUAACCGUGGCUACAGAUUGUAGCAGUAGUCUCUAAACAGUGCACAUCUGUAGCAUUCAUUACCUAUAUGUUUCAACUUAUGAUCAAUUUCUUAACCAAUCUUGGCAAUCAUCAUUUAGCUCUAGUCAAUUUAAAGGUCCCCUUUGGAAACAGUACACGUACAGAAUUCAUGUCCCAAUUUUUGGGCAUUAGUUAGUUAAUUUGUAAUGCAUUUACAAUUUUGCAGUCUGUGACAAUGGAGGCUGAUAUCUAGAAGUGAACGAGUACAUUUUAGCUUUGAUUUCAAUAAACAGCUGCAGAUUUUAGCAUGAAUUGGUAACCGUAGUUUAAUUAUAGGAAAUAUUUGA